AUGGAGUACCGACGCGGAACGUGGCGUGGCCGAAACCGUGGUCGCGGCCGAGGUUCCUGGAGGAGUGACGGCUUCAGCAAGGCGGCGACAUGCCAACAGCCUCGAACGCCAUCCCCGCCGGUUGGAGAGGUCCUGAAAGAAGUGAGGAUGAAAGAUUUGGUUGCGUCACCAGCAAAGGAAAGCAACGUUCCAGUCAUCAGCAACUGCGAGUUCCUUGGCUCGUACAACUGGAUGGGUAGUAUCGAGAGGCCGGCAAUGCUUAUUCCAGGAGGGCCGCCGAGGUGGACGCCUCGUGAGGCUCCGACACAGCUGGUGGAGGAUUCUGGCGUGUUCUAUCGCGACGAGAAUGCCGUAAGACAGCCGGAGCAUCCCAUGGAACCAGCAGUACGCGCUUUCGCGGCACACAACAUGGCAGCUCGCGCUCAAGACGUGGAUAUCUUUGCAUGCGGUAGCACACUCGGGAACCUCGUUCGUUUCGUUCGCAAGGUCGACAGGCCUUUUCGGUUCACGGUCGAGGCGGUGGGAGACACGGUCUUCUUCGUCAGGAAGGAGAAGUCUCCCAGCGAAACAAUUGAGGGAGUGCGGGGCUACGGACAUAGUUUCCCAGAGGCGUACACGACGUGGGAUGAGAGUUGCGCAGGAUCAAAGUCGCACCAGCGUCUCAUCGGCUACGACUUUGCGGGACUGAAUUGCGUUGUGCGGUUUGAGGGCGACGGAUACCUCAAGCACCUCGACCCGGAUCCCAGGAGUGGAGCGGCCACGGUUGGCACGGCGCCGUCGACAACCAAGCUGGACAUGCGGUACGGAGGAUACAUGGUGAGUCAAGAUGCUGUCUUCGACCUGAAAACUCGGUCGGUCAAGAGGAUGGACCAUGACGUGCUGGGCGAAGAGAUUCCACGCCUCUGGGUGGCACAGAUAGCGAAUUUCGUACUGGCGUACCACAAUCGCGGCGUGUUUGAGGAGAUUCGCGUCCAGAACGUGCGCAGAGAUGUCGACAAGUGGGAGAGCGAGAACGAAGAGACUCUCGGUCAGCUUGCGAAGCUUAUCCGGGAAAUCGCAACCAUGGCGAAGAGCAGGACAGAUGGGCGGCUAGAGGUAUGCCGCAAAGCCGUGGAUGUGCUGGAGAUUCGAGAGCAAUGUGCAGGCACUCCAGGAGCGCUUCCCGAUGACUUGAAGGCAUGGUGGACUGAUGACCGAAACAAUCAUGAGGACGAGUCGAGCGACGACGACGACGACGACGACGACGACGUUGAAGAUCGAUACUUCUCAGCCAACUCGGACUUGGGUGACGGCGGAGUGCUGCUUGGUAGCGACGACGAAUCCGAGCCGGACUACACGGCGUGCUCAGCGGAGGACUGUGGCUACUGUGGACACUGUCGCUAUUGA